CAGUGUUUUGCACCACGUAGGGUCGACUAAGGCCUGACAAGUGUCACUUCUCUUUCAUACGUCUUCUUUCAACGUCACCGCUGUCAAGCUGCCAUUUUUCAGUGUAUAUGUUUUGUGGUUAGAAGUGUACGUCUUUCUAUGAAUAAAAUACUGAAAUUGAAGUAGAAAUAGGGUCCAAACAAACUCGAAAUUCUAGAUAGUCCCCUGUACCCCUAGCCAAGCUCAGGUCGUUGUUGUUUCGGAUAAUAGAAUAAGUAUAUAACUUUGUAGUCAUACCUGGUAACAACCCACAGCUGAGCCCUUUUGAUGAGGGUAAGUUAGCAGCUUACCUACGUUCUACGAAAACAUGGAAACAAAAAGGAAAAUCACGUGUGGAUCAAAUGUGUUAAAUAGUAAAAGAAUUGAAUACAUCAAGCCUGAAAAUAUUCCAAUAGGUACUGAAGAUGUUUAUAUUAAAGAGGAGAUUGGCAUAGACUCUAAUAGUAUGAAUACUGAACAAAUCAAGACUGAAAAUAAUGAUGUAGGCAGAAGAGUUGGGGAAACAUUUGACACAAAGGGAGAAGAAUGUUCGGUCAAAAUUGAAGAUAUGGAAACAGACAGUUAUGGUGAUGAGAAAUUCUUCAAAGAUAAAGAAUCACUCCAGCUUACAGAAGAACUGGACAUCAAGCCUGACAUCAAUGCAAGUACAGAUGUGACAGCUAGGAUAGCUUCAGAAAUGGUUCCAAAGAAACGUCAAGGAGUAAUAGAUCAGACAUCACUUCUGAAGGUAUUCAGUUGCUACAAGUGUAAUUUUGUCUGUCUUCAAAUGACGGAUAUGUCUCGGCACAUGGACAGUCACUUGAAAAAUCCUAUUCGAAAAGUUCCGUUUAUAACGCGCAUAACAGAUGAUAACUACAUAAUCAAAGAUCAUGAUUAUCUGAAAGAGUUUCCGCAUGAGAUGUGGUCCAGUGGACACGUCAGAUGUUUGAAAUGUAAUUCAACAUACAGAAAUAAAAUCUGGCUCGAUGACCAUAUUAUCAAAACGCAUCCAGAAUAUACGAAAACGAUUUCUUCAGCACUAAUGAAAUGUCGCGACUGUCCAUAUCAAACCACAAUUCAAGGCAACCUUUCCAGACAUACUUUAACUCAUGCGAGCAAACAUCGCUCUCCUGAGCAUGUUAGUUGUAGUCUGUGUAAUUUAAUUUAUAAAAGUAAAUUCUGGCUUGACGACCAUAUAAUUAAAAACCACCCAACGCUUAUCGGAACGAUCACUUGUAAAAUAUACGAUUGUACAAAUUGCAAGUUUCGAACUACUAUCAGUACGAAACUUUCAAAGCAUAUGGGGAAACACUCCGCCAGGCAUAAGCAAGGCUCCAAAGAUGUAUUGCAAAAUACCUGAGCAUAUACAGCAUUGAAAGGUUUAUGAACGCUACUAGAUAUAAAAUGUCGAUGCAUGUUACCGAUUAUCAAACGCCAAAGCGAAUGGUAUGAAAAAAUGUGAGCAUCUAAACGAGCAAUAUUUUUGUAGAAAUAUUUGGCUAUAACUACAACCAUCAUGACUAUAUUGCUCUUGAAUAUAAACUUGGCUGUAUUAUCUGCAAUAUACAAGGUGUUAGGGAAAUAAUAUUCGUAACUUUAUGAGGUGAUUCCUUGCAUUAUUCUAAGCAAAAAAGUUCAUUAUAACCUAUGUCCGAAAAUCAACCAUUUCGGAGCAAAAAAAAGUUGAACUUAUUUCUUUUUAGUCAUGAAGUAAAUUGAUUUUGCACCUUAAAUAGCGUAAAAUGUCUCUAACAAAAUAAUUUUCUUGCAUAUUAAAUACAAUUUUCCGAAGAAAAACAGACAAACAAAAUCCCUCACACAACUGGCAACGUCGUACUCCGUCUGCACUGCAUGUAUCAUCGCGUGUUGUGAUUACUAAUACAUUUAACUGUAACUUUAUGCGAUUUAUGGAUGUUGGUUUUUUCUUUUUUCGUGCAUCGCAUCCUUUCAAAUAAUCGUGGGAAUUGGUGGUAUGUAUCGCCACGUACCGGUAACUUUUCUCAUUUUUUUUUCAAGUAAAUGUACUGUACUAAAAGCGUUAUUAAAUAAAAAAUAUGUGCCACAAAAAAUUGCGUAAAAGUAUUCAAUAAUUCAAGGCAUAUUUUCAACAAAUAAAUCAUACAAACGUAAACAGUUCGAUGAAUCAGUUGCGUGAGCUCGUAUCGCGGUUGCGUUGCAGCGUUGCCAAAUGUUUGAGAAAAUUUAAUUAUUUAAGACUCACUUUCCUCGAAAACGAUUGAUUUUCGGACAUAAUAAACUUUUUUGCUUAGAAUAAUGCAAGGAAUUACCUCUUAAAGUUACGAAUAUUAUUUCCCUAACACGCUGUAUACAUACAUACACCUGUCAGGUUUUCUCAUCAGAAGGGCUACAAAUUUUGGCAAGAAUGGCUGAAGAAAUUGCACUCGUCCUGGCAGCUUACAUUACUUAUAUUAUUAUUAGCAUAAUUUUUGAAUGAACCUUGUUCCUAUUUGGACUAUACAAGCACUUUUUAGGGAGGAUUGUGAUAUCUGAUAACUCACUUUUCAACAAAAUCUUCAGAGCAUGUUCUUCAAAAAUAUCAUAUACAGUGAUUGGACGAUAAGGAGGUAUAAGUAUUUCUGGAGUCGUGUCUUUGGAAAGCUCUUACCGGACCGCCAGCAGUCUCAUUUUUCUAAGAUUUUCCAUGCAUAUGCUUUCAUUAAUGUCUUCCAAUUCACAGCAUUAUACUUGAAGUUUGUAGCCCUUAAAAUAGAUAUUUCAAAGUUAUUUUCCGGGAUAAAAGUAUCAUAUGUGCUAUCCUAUCCCUGUACCAAAUUUCAUCCAGAUCCGUUCAGACAUUUUGGCGUGAUUGAGCAAUAAACAUACACACUUUCUAAUUUAUAAUAUUAGCAGGGAUUAGCUAGGAUUCCGAGCGUUCGGCAAUGUCAACCAUGUGUUACAAUAUAGUCGGGCCAUAUAAAAAAUAUUGCCUUUUAGAAGCGCCAUAAUGAUGUUUUAUUAGUUUGUUAUUGUACUAUAAUUCAUGAUAAAAUUAUGUGCCUCUUAAUACAAUUUAAAUAAUUUUUCACUCUCCAAAACUUUGGCGUAAAUCUCGAUUAUUUUAGAGUUUUAUGUUCUCUUCCAGCUUUCCUAAAACUUGUAAUGAUUUGGACACUGAAUGUAUAAUCAUUGAUUAACGUAUUCUACAGCUAAUCUAAUGUCAUAUUCGCGCUUCCGAAAAAUUAUAAGAAAUAAACUGAACAACGGUCGUGUUACUUUCAACUACUACUACUUUGAAAAGACGACUGAGUAGCAGUGCCGCAAUUUAUGAUCUACAGACGUAGCCAACAGUUUUUAUUUUAGUUUUUCAUUCAUGCUAAUACAAAAAAUUGUUUACUAUGGUCACAACACAGAAGAAAAAACAUCGUCUAGCAUGAAAGCCACUUAGAUGGUACAUCACAUUUAAAAGUUUUGAACAAUCACUACACGUUAAAAUCAGUAUUUAGAAAAUCAUCAAUUUCAUAAUAGGCAUUUUGGAUCAAAUAAUCUCUUAUACGAAUCUUAAAAUCAUUUAAGGGCAGUAAUCUUAUCUUUAGUGGCAAUUUGAUAAAAAACUUAAUUGCCCAGAACUCCGGACCAUCUUGACACAGUCGCCAAUAUAUAGGGAUCAAAUUUCUCUCAAUUUUGAUUUUCAAUUUGGGUGUUUAUUUUUCUCGUAGAAAACACAAUACAAGAAUUGCAACAGUCGUUUUCCUGUUUUCUCUAAAACCAUACUGCUUUUCAGAAAAAAUUAUUAAUUGGUAAAAGCGAUAUUGGCCUGUAAUUCUUUGGAGUCUAGGAUUAUCUUUUUUUUUAAAUUUGUUUAACAAGUUCCAACAAUAUAUGGGCGACGGUUUUUCAGUUCAUAUUUCAUAGAGUAUAGAAUAAGUAAACCAAUGGUAUAAUGUAGCUUGUUAUUAUGAUUCUAUCAUUUGUAUAUACCUAAUACUUGAUCAAUCUGUAAAUUUCUACGUCUGUCAAUAUAUUUUUGUUAAGAUA